CUGAUUUUAUUGGGAUGUGUGAAUAGGAGAAAUCAGCCCUUGACUUAUGACCGCCAUAUUCAGUUCGUCACAUUAGGUUUAUUACUUCAAAAUGGAUGGCAAUUUUAUAUUAAAUUAAUACUAAUAUUGUAUUUCCUUCGAAAUUAUAUUUUGCAUAAAAGCCUGUUUUUUGGACCACUUUGUAAAAGAGAAAUGCAUUUUUUACACAACUUUGUCACUGCCUUGAAACAUUUGAAUGCAAUACAUGCAUCUGAGUAUUUUUUUUUUAUUAUUUCAGAAACAACGCGUUUUAUUCAUGCAUUGAAUUCUGCAUUUCAAAGCAGUGUUUGUGCACGUCUUGUUCAGUCAGUUUCACACGCUGUCUUCACAGGACAGGCCGGCGUCCUCCAGAGGUACGUUCUCGUCACUAGUGCGCUGACCUGGAGCGAAGCGCAGACGUUCUGCAGGGGGAAGCACACGGAUCUGGUCAGCGUGAGGAACCUGAACGAGAACAAGCUGAUCCAGCCGCUGGUGCCUAAGGACCAUCUGGUGUACAUCGGCCUGUACAAAGACUUCUACAAAUGGUCUGAUAACAGCUCGUCCUCGUUCAGACGCUGGUCGGCCGGCGAGCCUGACUCCUCUGGAGAAUGUGUCGAGCAGGACCUGUGGGAUACGAACACGUGGACCGAUGAAGACUGCUCUGAAACAAAACCGUUCAUCUGCCAAGACGGUGAGCCGCCUUCGUUCUGUAUCGCGUCGCGGGCGGAAAAGAACGAGGGGCGGGACUGUGUUCAGUGCAUCGCUGCUUAUUGGGUGUUGGGAUGUGGGCGUGUCUUUCAAAAGUGCAGGGGCGGGGCUUAAAUGAUCCAGUCAUCACAUUCUGAAACACCUGCACGGUUUACAAUGAGAUCAAUAACAUUAUUAUAAGCGCUUAUCACAAACAGACGAACUGUUCUUUUGUUGUGAGAUCUCACGCCUAAAAGUUUGAUGAAAAAAUUGGUUUAAAUAAAGAAAGCAAUAACUUUGUCAUGGUAUCCUAGCAACAGCCGGACUUUUUUUUGCUUUAACUUCUUUAAUCUUAGAAGGCCUGAAGGUGAAUAUAUUUUCAUCUCAAUAGCUUUCAUUGUUAGAAAGCAUUAAUAGCACGUUUCCUCACAAUCCCGUCUCUUUCAGGACUGAAGCUGCAGAUGCUGAGAGUGAAGCUGAGGUCAGGUGUGAACGUGAAAGACCCCGUGAUGAAGGCGUCCAUCUUGGAAGAGGUGAGCGAUGUGAUCAGUCCUCACGAGAUCGAGCCCAGCGUCGGUUACUGGACAGAGCGUAACAUACAGCCGUUCUGAUCUCAGAUCCAGAGGAAGCUCAUCAAUCUGGGAAUGCCUGAAGAAGCCAAGGUUCAGUGGAGAGUUCAGUCCGACGGAGAGAUCUUCCAC